ACGCGCGGUAUGUGCGUCCCGUAGUCGUUGUUUACCUGCCAAGCGCGUCGUAUCGGUCGUAUAUCGCCACUUUGCCGGAAAAAGAAAGCACGGAAAACGCCCCACGCGACUUGGUGAGCAGAGGCAUUAGAACAGCACGCGGUCGGUUGACGUUGCGGAACACCCGGAAUAGCUCAAAAGGCGCCAGAUGAUUGCACCAGUGUUGCCAGUGCUUUUGCAGCCGUGGUAGAAGAAAAACGUUCACCUCAUCAAAAAAAGCAUCAAAAAGCUCGUGGGUGGGCUGCAGGCACUUGCCAGCAUAAAAACACCUCCAACGGCACACACACACAUAUACACAGUGAGAGAUUGAGUGAGAGAGGGAGGACCCAUGGUGGUGCCACCUACGCAUCGAUCGGAAGCAUAACUCGUACUCUCCCCGGCAUUGGGAAGCAAUCAUGCCAAGUACAUAGUGUGACAUAGAAACACAUUGUGGAGCAUUGAGAAAAAGGGUUUUUUUUUUGGCAAUCCGUGUGAAUUUGUGAGUUGCUGAGAAGUUGAAAGAGGGAAACUUCGGAAGCGUCCCAGCAGCAGCAGCAGAAGCAGAAGCUGCAGGCCUACCAAGGAAACCAAAGGAAAACAACACAACAAACACCCAUAACAACCAAGGCCGAAUCAAACCGCUUCUCGAUGCCAUACAUUCUCAUCCGCGGUAAUCUUGCGUCCUACGGUCACAAGCAUCCCUUCCGCGUGCUAGUUUCCGGCCUGAAAGCGGCCGACAUCGAGCAGCUGAACCGUUUCCCGUGCGGUGGGUACAGCGAUGAGUCCACCGUCGUCUAUCUGCAGCAUCCGUGCGUAAUGCUGACGGCACUGGAGGUACUCGGCUAUAGGGUCGUUGCGUCCUCGUCCACGGCCGUGAAGCAAGACUACAACGAGUACAUGUGGACGAUGCGGAAGGAGUUCAGCGAUCCUGAACCGUACCUCAGCGAAACGUCCUCGGCCGUGAUCGAACGCGACAAUCUCGCCAACAGUGGCCGGGAGGGUGGCAGCUUUAACGGUGGGAACAGCAAAAUCGAUCUGCCCGAGUAG